UUUCUUUAACUAACAAUAACUGGUAACCCUCUUGUCACAUUCUGGAAUAGACCAAACCAUAAAGGAUUCGAGUUUUUCUCCACCAAAAAGAUAUUUCUGUAGAAAAAUGACACUCCUCCCACCUUAAUCAACGGUCAAGCAAUACACUGACCCAUCAUUGAAAUUGGAGUCUUUUCCCAAAAGGGAUGUGUGUGGUGCCUUCCAUGGAUGAAGGGUUGGAGCAGAGUUGGUGGGCCAACAUGCCCCAUGAGCUUCUCAGAGAGGUCCUCCUCCGAAUUGAGUCGUCGGAGGCCAAGUGGCCACGGCGGAGAAGCGUGGUGGCUUGCGCCGGAGUCUGCCGUACCUGGAGGCUCAUCAUCAAGGAGAUUGUCAAGCCACCUCAACUCUCUUCCAACAUAACAUUCCCCAUCUCUCUCAAACAGCCUGGCCCAAGUGAACAUCUACUUCAGUGCUUCAUUAGGCGCGACAAUGGCACACAGACAUAUUACCUGUUUCUCAGUUUAUCUAGUGCACUAGCUGAUGAUGGGAAAUUCCUUUUAGCCGCGCGAAAGUUCAGACGCCCAACCUGCACAGAUUAUAUUAUCUCCCUGGAUGCGGAUUACAUGUCCAGGGAAAGCAAUGCCUACAUAGGGAAAUUGAGAUCAAAUUUUUUGGGAACCAAGUUCACAGUCUACGAUGUCCAACUGCCUCAUUCAAGGGCAAAUAUGGCAAAAAGUUGCUCCACUAAGCUGGUGAAUCAAAAACAAGUUUCACCCAAGGUCCCUACAGGCAACUACCCAGUUGCCCAUAUCUCAUAUGAAUUGAAUGUAUUAGGCUCCAGGGGGCCAAGGAGAAUGCAUUGUGUCAUAGAUAGCAUUCCUGCUUCUGCUAUUGAACCAGAACGGGUAGCUCCUUCACAGACCAGUUAUUCUGUUAGUAACUUAGGUACUUCAUUCCCAUUUUUUCAGACAAACUCAACUCAUAUGGAAAACUCCAUAUCUGGAGAGCAGAACAAUAAAAGAGAUGACGUUCUAGUGUUGAGAAAUAAGGCUGCCAGGUGGCAUGAGCAGAUGCAGUGUUGGUGCUUAAACUUUCAUGGGCGAGUGACAGUUGCUUCAGUUAAAAACUUUCAGCUGGCUGCUUUGCCAGUAAAUGGACAUGCUGAACCACAAGAGGAUGAUGUCAUCCUCCAAUUUGGAAAAGUUGGGAAGGACUUGUUUACAAUGGAUUACCGGUACCCUAUCUCAGCAUUUCAGGCAUUUGCAAUCUGCCUCAGCAGCUUUGCUACCACGGUUGCUUGCGAAUGAUGCAUGUUUGAAGCAUCUUUGAACAGGUAUUCAUCUCCAAGCUCAACGUUCUAAAAUCAGAACAUAGCUUGGACAAGAAAUGGAUAAAGAGAAAGCUAGAGAAGGUAGGUAGAGGGUGUUUUCAGCAGCCUAACUGGUAGCAAUUGUUAGCUUUUUUUUUUUUUUUCUUCCUUCUAUUGAUCAUGUGACCAUAUUGUUUCUGUGUAAAGUGGGUUUCAGCUAUGUUGAUAAAUUUGCUUAUUCAAAGCCUUAGCGGUCCAUUUAGAUAUUAUGUUAAUUCUGUGUAGUCUUUUUUAUUGUAACUGUCAUAUUUGCUUCUUUGAUCAUGUUGGCUUUCAUUCAAGCGUGACCUUUAGCAGUGUGCUUAAGUGGAUGUGAACGGUUGUUUGUUUUUCAGAGAUAAUUUUUUGACUCAUUUGUAUAACAUCUUCAAUAUUUGUAUCUA